UUCUGGAUUCCCUCUUCCCAGCGCUGGCGGACGCUGACUCUGGUCCCGAGGGGAGGGCGCGUCAUCCGUGCUAUCGUCAGAUGGGUCUUUAGGGGUGUUAACUGAAUUUAGGGGAGUGGGUCGCCUGGGGGUACCGUCAGUGGGAACUCGAGAAGUUACUAAAUAACUCAUCGCUGCGAUACAGUUGAAUACUUCUAGUACCGGACGACGUCAAAGCUGGUUAUAUGAAUUAGUUCCCUGCUUUUAUGAAUUAGAUUAAGAUUGUUAUUUGCACAGCCUUCAGCUAAAGACCGCUGUAACAUGCCAAAGGUUACACAGCCGGGGAUGGUGCAGCUGAGAGGAAAGGAAUAACUAAACAAGCUCUUCAUCGUCAUCCUCCUCCAGAGCAACUGGACGAAAUUUCCCCCACCAAUGACAGCAAUGAGAAAGACACAAGUUCUCAAAGUGAAUCUGAUAUUACCCAAGAAUCACCUUUUACAUCAACUGACACUGGGAAUUCAAUGUCUGCUUUUCCAAGUUAUACAGACACAGGGAUCUCUACAGAAGGCAGCUCGGAAUUCUCCUGGGGAUAUGGAACUUGACCAGAAUGCCACCGAGAAAGUCCAGGCAAUGUUUACAGCUAUUGAUGAGCUCCUGUAUGAGCAGAAGCUGAGUGUGCAUACGAGGAGCCUACAGGAAGAGUGCCAACAGUGGACAUCCAGCUUUCCUCACCUCAGGAUUCUGGGUCAUCAGAUAAUCACUCCAAGUGAAGGCUAUGAAUGGUAUCCUACAUCCCCUUCUGCUGUUUCAGCUUCACAUGAAGCAGCCUUGUCUCAAGAAAGAGAGUCUACUGUAUUUGGUAUAAGGGGAAAGAAGUUACACUUUUCAUCUUAUGGUCAUAAACCAUCUUCCACUGCCAAAUCCUCUGGUUUGUCUGCUAUGGAAGGAGACAACGUGGACUGCAUAAUCCUCUCAGAAGGAGUAAUUGAAGAAUACCUAGCUUUUGACUGCACAGAUAGGGAAGAGGGAUUUCAUGGAAACAAAACAGAAGCAGCUACAGAGAAACAGAAAUUAGGGUACCCUCCCAUUGCUCCAUUUUACUGCAUGCAAGAGGAUGUCCUUGCUUAUGUGUUUGACAACGUGUGGAGCAAGGUUGUGGGCUGUAUGGAGCAGCUGACACGUAGUCACUGGGAGGGAUUUGCUUCUGAUGAUGAAAGUAAUGUCACCAGCACCAGACCAGAUUCAGGAAGUCCCUACGUGCUGAAUGAACCACAUCCUCUGGUGUUACCUCGAGUGCCACAGUCUAAGAUGCUGUCCAUCACUUCAAAUCCAAUGAGUUUCUGUCAAGCAAGUGGACACCAGCCAAACAUGAAUGGUCUCUUAGUUCAUGGAAUGCCUCUACAGCCAAGGAACCUCUCCCUCAUGGAUAAGCUCCUAGAUCUUGAUGACAAGCUACUUAUGAGGCCUGGGUCCAGUUCCAUCCUCUCAACCCGAAAUUGGUCAAAUCGAGCCCUGGAGCUUAGUUCGUCAUCUUUGUCAUAUACAGUACAGUCUGCCCGGAGACGCAACCCCCCACCACGUACUCUUCAUCCAAUAAGCACAAGCCAUUCACGUGCUGGAACACCACGGCCUGUGGAAGAAAUCCUCAGAGGAUCCAGAGUCCCAGUGGCAGCUGACUCACUCUCUUCUCCCUCACCAAUGACUCUGGGUCGAAAUAAUCUGCUGCCACCUAUUGGUACAGCGGAAGUGGAACAUCUGGGGACUGUGGGGCCACAAAGACAAUCGAAACCCCACAGUGACUCUAGUCGCGCUCGAAGUGCAGCAGUGGAUGAGCCUAACCAUCAGCAGCCCCAAGAGAGACUCCUUUUACCUGACUUCUUCUCUCGACCCAACACAACACAGUCAUUUUUGCUGGAUACACAGUACCGUCUUUCAGGAGCAGCUGAGUACCCUCAUCAAGUCCGGCCUGGCAGGGGAUCUGCAGGUCCUCAACUACACGGGCCUACAAAAUCUCAAGGCAGAGGUGGACCAAUCUCUAGAACCAGGCAAGGACCAUAGCACACAUGAGUAGAACAAAUCAGAUUGCCACAACAGCGAACAUGUGGAGGAUCACGAGUGUUAAGUCACUGAAUGGUGCACAGCUUGCAUAAAAGAUCAACUUGGAUCCAUCUUCUUGAAAAGUUACUUUGGCAUAAGUGACUCUUACUGAGAAAAACAACAGAGUAUCUGCCAAAGACUGCAUGAGCACUGUUUCUGUCUCCAGUGACUGUCUUCUUCCAACAUAAGUUAAUCUCUCCCACUGGACAGUAAAGAUUGUGCCCAAAGAUGUGGCAAUGAAUAACUACCCCCAAAUCACUGCUCACAUUGUCUGUUAACAACCAUCAGCUCAACUCCUGGAGGAGUCAGAAUGGUUCCACAUACACAAAAGCAGCAAAUGAUCACUGCCCAUCACAGGCCUCUGAAUAUUGCUUUUAUUCAUUUGGAUAACUGCACUCAAGUUUUAAGUUAUUUUUAGGAGAAAGUGCUGCCAACAAUCUGAGCUACUCACCAAAUAAAUGUCAUUCCUAAA